CUCCAGGAAGGGGCGGGGCGGCUCCAGGAAGGGGCGGGGCGGGGCGGCUGCGCCGGGGACGUUGCCGGAAGGGCGGCGGGCGGCGGCGGGUGUGGCGGGGGUCGCGCCGCGAGCCGGGGCGGCAGCAAAAUGCUGCCGACCACUUCGCUUAAUUCCCGGAGCCAGGGCAACGGUGUGCUGAGCCCCAGGGAUGCUGCGAGGCACACGGCCGGGGCAAAACGCUACAAGUACCUGCGGAGGCUCCUCCACUUCCGACAGAUGGACUUUGAGUUUGCCCUUUGGCAGAUGCUAUACCUCUUCGUAUCGCCACAGAGGGUCUAUAGGAACUUUCACUACAGGAAACAGACCAAGGACCAGUGGGCGAGAGAUGAUCCGGCUUUCCUGGUGCUCCUCAGUAUCUGGCUCUGUGUGUCUACUGUGGGAUUUGGAUUUGUGCUGGACAUGGGUUUUUUUGAAACAAUAAAGCUGCUACUUUGGGUUGUAUUCAUAGACUGCGUAGGCGUUGGCCUCCUGAUUGCAACUCUAAUGUGGUUCAUUUCUAAUAAAUACUUGGUGAAGCAGCAGAACAGAGACUAUGAUGUGGAGUGGGGAUAUGCCUUUGAUGUUCACCUGAAUGCUUUCUAUCCACUUCUUGUCAUUCUGCAUUUUAUCCAGCUGUUUUUCAUCAACUAUGUCAUCAUAUCUGAUUCUGUGAUUGGGUAUUUUGUUGGGAAUACAUUAUGGCUGAUUGCAAUCGGCUAUUAUAUCUAUGUGACAUUCCUAGGAUACAGUGCAUUGCCCUUUUUGAAGAACACAGCUAUUCUUCUGUAUCCAUUUGCACUUCUCAUCAUGCUCUAUUUGAUCUCAUUAGCAUGUGGAUGGAACUUCACCAAGAUGCUUUGUUCCUUUUAUAAGUACAGAGUGAAAUAAAAACCGGGACUUCAUGUAUCUAAUGUUUAUUUUGUUUUUAUCUCAGCUGUCUUGACAGUAAAGGAAAAGUUAAGAACAUUUUGUAAAUGAUUGUAAAUUUCUCUUUAUUGUAGAUAAUUGUGUAAAAAAGUUUGAAGUGUCCUUUUUUAUUAAAAUAUUUACAACAGUAAA